CGAGGAUCAUACAUGUCGUGAAUAUUUGAAGAAAGAUAUCAUAAAGAAGCCAACAUCGGAGAAGAAACUUCGGUGCCUCAGCGAAGUUAGAAAGUGCGCGACCGCGAUUUUCCGCAAAACUUAGAACCGAUAAUCGCUCUUGCCCUCCCAGAUCCCCCGCUUUUACGUAAUAUGCCGAGCGGUUUAAGCGCUCCGCAUUUUUCCUGUCGGGCCGAGAACACUCGCACAACAUCAGCGCGAUCAGUGCGCUAAGAGAUCGCUGCGAGACCGCGUUGAACCCUCGUCAUCUACGACCGCGGGUCCUCCUUACAUUUACCUCUGCUCUGUUGCCUCUCACGUUGCCUUGUACAUAAACACAGACACGCUCACUCACUCGCCGACUCGCACAUUCGCUUAUUCACGCACACACACGCAGCAGGCCGUACACGCGUUGACUACCUGACGAGAACUCGAGCUCGGCCAGUCACGUGGCCACUGAUCGCGAAGGAUGUUUGUGGGAUCGCAAAGUCAGUCUGCUGCGGACGGCCUGUCGGGAAAGAGAGGAUAGAGGCGGCGCGAUCAGGUGGAAGAGAAGGAGGAACAAAGCGGGGAAGGAGAUACUGGAUCGGGGAUAUUGCCUAAGGUCUUCGUUGCUCUAGCUCUACCUGUCCGAAGACUUUCGGAGCGCCUUGUUUCGGCUCGUUCUUUGUGAUUUCGCGAAAUACACGCGCAAUUAAGAGUUGGAUAAAUCUUCGUAGACUCAAAAGAGGAAUUUCUCAUAUUUGGAGCACGCGAGGGAAGGAAUCUCCUCCUACAACACGUUAGGAUAUCAUUAUAACGAAAUUCACGCCAAAGGCAAGAAUUAAUGAUUUAGUUGUGCAUUAGAAAGUGAGGAUUUCGCGCGGUAUUUCGAUGCACUGAAACGUGAAAGACGAAAUGUGACGCCGAGCGAGACUCGGAAGUGAAGACGCGGAUGAGAUCGAAGACGAAGUGGUUGUCGAGUGUUUCCUAUGAUGAAGUUUUAUUCGCUUCCUCGUGGAUAAUUGAAGAAGCUUAAUCAUCCAAACCGAGUGGAUUUUUUAACAGGAUCCAAACAAAACUUUUGACAGGAGGCAAAUGUAAAGAGGGAUAUCGCUCCGGAUUUGGAAGCCAUCAGGAUUCUGCACGUUCAUGAUAGCGAACAUUUGCGGAUGCGGUAUGCGGUAGAAAGUUUAUUCGCGAUAAACCAGAUUGCGUUCGUAAAGAACAGCGAGACCGCUGGAAAAUCUAUUUGUGUACACUCUUCAUAAAAGGAAAGCACGAGCCAUCGAGAUAGGAAGAGCGUAGGAUCGAGACCGUAACAACAUCUCCAAGAUCAGCCGAAACUUGAGCGAGAUAAAUCUCCGAUGGAAAAUCGAAUUCCGUCUAUUCAACCUUCCCCAGCGUAAAAUCGGCUACCUGAGAGAAUAUCGACAUUCCUGCGGGAUUGUAAAUAAAAUUACUCCAUCUCGCAGGACGACUCGUCGAGGUUCGCAAUUCGUUCGCGAACGAAUGGAGAUUUUAGGAAAUUAAAACCGCGCAUGUGAAACCCAUUAACGAGCCGACUGCGUUCGCGAUUUUCACGGGAUUGUAUGCAAAAUCGCAUCGGCGAUAUCGCGAGGCAUCGGCACGAUCGCGACCCGCUUACGAAUAAAGAGGACGAGGUAGACUCGAGGGGAGGGAAACGAAAGAGAAGAGACGAAAAAGGAGGAAACGGUGAAUCGACGGGUACGUGCGGCGAGAUUGCGGUGAUUUUGCUGGCGCAACAGUGUAAAAGCGUGUAGCUGCGUUGCACAACACUCUUGUCAUUGCUGAUCCGCAUUCGACGUAUAUGCUCGUUCAUGCGUUUUAAGCGAAUGGAAAUUCAUGUCGCAAGACAUUCGUAAACGAUCCUCCCGGUUGAUACAUUUUAAAGAGAGUAUCGCCGCUUUAUCUAUUCGCAAUCGCGCUCGCGAAUUUCUAAAACGAAAUACCACUUGUCGGAAAUGGUGAAUCAAGGCCUCAGAAAUUUAUUUAUUUUUCUAUCUUGGAAGAUAUGAUGAUAUCUUGCGACUCGUGAAACACUUAACGGAAAAAGUUUAUGAGGCAUAUAAAACGCUUUGCUUUUAUCAAGAAUUUCAUAUCUCUUUCACAUUUAUAACUGAUAAGGAGGAUGAUAAACGCAUCGACUUUUAUCUUGGAAAUAUGUUUUUUUUUAUCAGAAAGCAGUUUUCAUCGCCAGGUGAAGGUGCCUCGCAUUACCAUUGACAUUUAGUGGAGUGAUAGUACGCGUAUUUUUAUGAAAUUGCAUCAUGGAGGUAUGCAAUUAGUUGGUUCGAAAACUAAAAUAUAGUUGCCAAUCAUGGUUGCCAAUCAACUGUCCAACUAUCUUCUAUUUAAUCUUAUUAUGAAGUCAUUUUAUAAUGACACUUUACAUUAUAAAGUGCUGUAUAUCUUUGUAGCAUGACAUUUGGAAGCUAUCGCUAAUAUUACGAAUGACGCAAAACCAACAGAACGCAGUUAAUCGACGUUAAAGUGUUUUCCAUUACGAAUGCAACGUUAACAUUUCGUAUUUUCGAGGUGUUAGGUAUAUACUUUCGCACACAUAAGCGUGUCGCCGACGAGAAUGAGCGGUUAGGCGAUCCGAAAAACGUGCGGAAUGCAGUUGGCAACCAGUCAGAGGCCUCACCCGCCUCCGGUGCCACCUCGACCGAGUCGGCAGGUGGUUGCCGAGGCCCUUAAGAGGUCGCCAAGGCCGCCCUGUCCUACUAGACAGGCACCACCGCCGCCGAACACGAAGCCCUGGAGAUCCAAUCAACAACAAGCGCAACCGCAGCAACAGGUGGACCCAACACCUGGUGGCCGCACGAUCAUAUACGAGUCCAUCAAGGAGGAUUGCAAGGACGAGAGCACGCCCGAUGAUAUGCGAGAUCGUAAGCAAGCGCGAAAUACCGAGGACAAUGGCUCGGAGAACGCAGGUAAGGUCCCUCCUUCUCAGGAACAUCGCGAGAUCUAUACGAAUGUUAGCUCAGGGAAGCUUUAUCCCACGGGAAACAUCCCUGCGAACAUCGUGAGGAAGCGCAACAGUCUGACUGAGGAUCAACGGCCUCAACAUAGACCGGAGACUCGAAGAAACUCCCGCGGGAAGGAUCCGAUCGAUCUGUCGGACUAUCGAGGACGACGCAGGGGCUCGUCCGAUAAGGAUCAACAGAAGGAAAAUAGCGCCGUCGCGACGGAGAGGGUCGAGGAGACGUUGACGAUGAAGCUACCGGCAGCUAUCAGGACUGUCAACGUGUCCUUGGAAGACGGGCAUUAUUCCUCGUUGUCUCCGGAUUCCGCGGAUAGGCAAGUCACGGUGAGUCAUCCGGAAAAAUGCAACGGCAGUCCGGAGAGGGAAGAGGACGAGGAGCAGGUUGGGUCGACGCCCACGUGCGGAUCGUGCCCUGUUGAGCAGCGGCAGCAGAAACAGCAUCGGGAAAUUUUCUCGGCGAAGGGAAAGGCUGCCGAGAACGAUGACGCUGAGGCUGUAUCCUCGAUCGAGAAAUCGACAAGCGUCCCGAGCGUUGACCGCGCCGCCACCACGGUGCUCGUCAUGGACGAACCAGAGCGUAAAAUCGCGCUUAGCGACCAUGAGGACAAUGACGACGAUGAUAACGACGGCGACAACAACAUCCAUCGACAAGACUGGUUGGAGGCAGGAGUCCAUUACUCUUCCACGCAGAUCACUCUACACGGAGAUGACAUCGUCGAGGGGGAUCGUAUCAAUGGUUAUGAUCAUCGCGAGGAGGAAAGAAUCACUGAUCUUGAUUUUAUCAGUAUACAAGAAAGGAUCGCGAUGUCUUCUUUGCAAGGAUUACCCCCGUUACCGAGGAGUCUGAGCGGUUUCAACCUGAGCGGACGCGGCGAGAGCGGCGAGCCACCUCCACCGCCCACGAGGUCGUCAAGUAAAUCCCAAAGAGGCGGUAAACCGUCGUCAUCGAGGCCAUCGCCACCUGCCAGACAGCUCACCACCCUGGAUACCCAGUUGGCAGUGCUCAGGAGAGAAAUGUUUGGGCUGCGGCAACUCGACCUCUCUUUGCUCUCGCAACUGUGGUCCUUGAACGAGUCGAUCCAAGAGUUUCGACAGUUGCUGCAGGAGCAGGAGGACCGAGCGCCCUCGCCAUCGCCCAGCAGCGAAGAAGGAGAUGAUACAUCCUACGGAACGCAUCCGCCGCCACCUCCGAGAAGGCCGGCGCCCACGUUGCAUCAUCAUCGACCGCCGCGACCGCCCAGGCCACCCAGACCGUCCGCCAGCGACGAGUCGCCGUCGAGCGAGGAGUACGGGGCCGUUUGACGUAUCGUUACUGAGAGGAAGAAGUACUCGAGAAGGUCUCGAUCCUCUCAUCGCACCUAGAGCGGCGCGGGAACGCCGAUAUUUACGAGAAAAAUUCUCGAAAGACUGAUGUGAAAAAACAAAAAUUGCGACGAUGGGCAUUUCGAUAUCCUAUCGGCGAUCAAGACUCGCGUGUGAUGUAAUAUUCCGAACUACUAAUUAUUAUUGCGAACUACUAAUUCCUAAAGGUACCUGCAACGUUACUCGUCGGGCUGCUCAAGAUUGCGAUUUAGGACGAUUCUCUCUCUUUAAUUCGCAAUUGGGGUCGACUCAAUCAUUUGAGAGAAAUCAUACCUAAUAAAUAAAUCGCGAUUGCGUGCACGCGAACACUGUUGUCUACCUAGAAAAGGUGUCGCUUCUCUCAUAAGUCGUUGCUCGAAGAAGCUUCGUAAUGACGCUGACGUUGCUUUAGCAUGGAAGAAGGACUUGUAAUCGACCCGAUGAUGAAAAACUAUAGCUGUUAUUGCGGAGAUUGUUUUGCGUAUGCAUAAUAAUUGCUUCGCAAUCUGAGGAAGAGUGUUGAUUUGCAAUAACCGACGACAUUCCGCGGAUGUCGCAUUUUCUAGAUAAAAGAAGGAUUCGAUUGCCACGAGCGAGAGAGCUAAUUUUAGCUCGCUGCUCUUCUCUCUAUUUGUGAUAGUGCUCGAAGGGGCCUUUGAUUAAUGAUAAUCAUAUCCAUAUUUGUGCAGAUUAAGAUUCGAGACUGCUCCGCCACGAAGCGACCAUAACAGAUCCGAGCCCAUUACACCACGAUUCUUUGGUGUUAUAAUCCGAUUCACUGACAUCAUUUAGCUAGAAAAUGACUAAUGAAGGAAUCGCGGUGUUCUCUUUCAUGUUUUUAUACUGUUGUGCUCAUCAUGUAAAGUUCAUUCUCGUUGUUGAUAUUCUCGGAUUACCUGCGCAACUAGAUCUAUCGUGAGAAAGAAAGAAAAAUUUAAUAUCUUCGAAAAAUAUAACUAGAGCAGGAUUUCUAUAAACACUCGAUUUUUCAUUAUAAGUUUCAUAUCUUUUAGCAUUUUUUUUCUGUGACGCCUCAAUCCGUCGAAUUUUCCUGCGUAUUUUCAAAAAAUUAGUGUUCUCAAUGUUUUGCAGCGCCCUUUCGCGUAGAUUAGCACGAAUUAUAUGUAAAGAUACGAUGUAAGACUAUGCAGAAUAAAUGAAACUUAAUUUAAA